AUUGCUGUCCCCUGUGGCUCCCUCCCCAGCCUCCACCCCCUCCUGCAGCCACAUUGCCCUCUGGCUUCUUCCUGCAGCCACCGGCACAGGCAGGCGGUGGCUAAUCUCUGCUCUGGGGCUGCGGAACCCCAUCCAGGGCCCACAGUCCUCCUCUCCUGGCCUCACCUCCUGGCCCUGCAGUUGAAUGAGAGCUGGCUGCUGAGGCUCACCUCCCCUAGGAAGCUGGGGAGAUCUGCAGUACUGUGUGGGUAAUCCUGGAGCUGGAAAGCCGCAGGAGAGUGAGGUGCUGGCUGUCACUCAGGCCCGGUCCCUGGCGCUCCCUACUGGCCUCCCUGAGCUGCAUCUCCUGUGUCCUCAUCAACUGUUGUCUGUCAAGUACUCACAGGCACAGGAAGACAGGAAGGAAGUCACCCUUCAGAUAGCAGAUUGUCCUGGUCCCCGGGUACAGAAAGCUGGGAUCACUCAGACCAACAACUCUGUCGGGAAGAAUGCAGUCCCCAGGGAAGUCCCCGCUGUGGCUGGUGCUCCUGGUCAUGUGUUUCUCCAGGGCGCUGAGCUUGGACCUGGAGUUCAUGACGCGUCCUUUGGUGCUACGUGAACGGGAUUUUCUAAGUGUGGAGCUGCGGAGGCCAAGGCGCGCUGCUGCCCUGAGUGGCCCUGGGGUGGGUGAGCACACGGUGGACGUCGAGAUCAGCUUUGAGAACGUGUCCUUCAUGGAGUCUUUCAAAACUCAGCUUCACGGCCUCAGCUUUCCAAUUCAAGUAAAUGACAACAGCCUAGCGACUGAGAUUCUGAGCAUAGAUGUGACAACAGUCUGCACACCCAUCAGAAAUGAAAUCUGGUGCUCCUGUGAGUCAGGCUACGAGUGGCCUCAGGAAAGGUGCCUCCACAGUGCUGUCUGUCAGGAACACAGCAGUGCCCCCUCAGGGAACCCCUGCAACUGUCUGAAAGGACUCCCUCCCGAGGGACCUUUCUGCCAGCCCCCAAAAGUUCUUACCCUGAAAAUGAAAGUCAGACUGAACGUGGGUUUUCAGGAAGACCUCCGGAACACAUCCUCUGCCCUCUACCGAUCCUAUAAGACUGACCUGGAAAGAGCGUUCUGGGAAGGCUACAGGAUUUUACCAGGCUUCAGAUCAGCAGCUGUGACAGAGUUCACCAAUGGCAGUGUGAUUGUGAACUUUGAAGUCAAGACUACCACGCUCCCCCCUGGGCGAAUCCAAAAGGCCAACGAGCAGGUGCUGCAGAGCCUCAACCAGACCUACAAAGUAGAUGAAAGCUCCUUUCAAGGGAUGAACAAUGAAACCAAGAUAUCCACCAUCCCCGCAGUCUUCUUUGAAGGGGACACAGUGAUACUAGAGUGUGAAAAUGAGGUGCUGUCCUCCAACGUGUCCUGGAUCUUCAACCUCUCCACGCUCCAGAACAGCAGCAGAUACUCCAUCUACACCACUGUGCAGCUGACCUCCGUGUCCCGGCUCACCAUCACCAACUUCACCCGGGACGACGAGGGUGUCUACACUUGCAAACUGGUCAUGGAUAUUUUUGAAUUUGAGAAUGAAAAAUACAUAAAUAUGACACCCAUGCAGAUUUUGGCAAAUGACACGGUGGAAGUGAAGUGUGACGACAGUCCUGUGUCGCUGAGCUGCUGCAGUGAGAACAAAGUGAACUGGAGCACAAUAGAGUGGAGCCCAGAAGGCAGCGUGAGCAUCCCAGGACACGAGGACCAGGACCUGGACUCCGGCUGCAGCAGGUACAUCCUGCAGGCCAACAGGACCCAGUGCCCAGCGACGGUCACCUACACGUGCGAGUUUGUCAGCAGCCACGGAGCCAGGGGCAGCAAGGCCAUAGAAGUGACAUUCAUCCCCGUGGGAGAUAAUUCCACCCACAAAGGGGAAAUGCACGAGCUCUCGAGGCACACGACGGAAGGCAAUACAGUUCAAAGUGCCACCAGCAGCAGCCUAGCAACCCAGGAAUCCCGGGAGCAGCCAGGUACCCUCUUGAGACACACGCCGGAAGGGAGUACAGUUCAAAGUGCCACCAGCAGCAGCCUAGCAACCCAGAAAUCCCGGGAGCAGCCAGCCAAACUGACAAUAAUUCCAGACCGAGUUUCUGUUUCUGAGGGACAAAACUUUUCUAUAAAAUGCACCAGCAAUGUUCACAGCUAUGAUGAAGUGUAUUGGAGCACUUCUGCUGGAAUUAAGAUACAUAAAAGGUUCUACGCCACAAGGCAGCAUCCUUACGGAACUGAGUCGGUGCUGACAGUGGAGACGGUGACCAGGGAGUGGAAUGGAACAUACCGCUGCGUAUUCAGAUACAAGAACACAUACCACGAGGCCACCAAAGAUGUCACUGUUCACCCGCUGCCUCUGGAGCCAAACAUCAUGGUUGAUCCUUUGGAAGCCAGCGGUUUGUGCACGGAUUCUCAUCACUUCAGGUGCUGUGUAGAGGAGGACGAGGACUACAAAGUAAUGUUCCAAAUGGAAUCUUUCUUCUUUCCUGCUGCCAAAGAAGUGAAGGGAAAGCAAGUGUGCUACAAGUACAGCUCCACGGCGAAGUCCGUUUCCCAGUGUCCCAAAAACCUCGACGUGUUCUGCCACUUUACAAACGCUGCCAACACUUCAGUCCGCAGCUCUCCGAUGAAGCUCACACUGGUUCCCGGGGAGAACAUCACGUGCAGAGACCCUGCCAUCGGAGUGGGGGAGCCUGGGAAAGUCAUCCAGAAGUUGUGCCGGUUCUCGGACAUUCCCGGGAGCCCUAACAGCGACACUGGUGGGACUGUCACUUACAAAUGUGUGGGCUCCCGGUGGAAGGAGGAGAGGAAAGGCUGCAUCUCUGCUCCCAUCAAUGGUCUGCUCCGGCUGGCAGAGGCUUUGAUCAAGAGCCCCUCUCCGGACCAGAAUCUCCCCACGUACCUGAAGAAUCUUUCCGUCAGCACAGGCAGCGAGGAGCAAGAGAUUCGAUCGUCCCCUGGGAGCCUGGGUGCCAUCAUCAACAUCCUUGACUUGCUCUCAACAGUUUCAUCCCACGUGAAUCCAGAGAUGAUGAAGGACGUGCUGGCCACUGUGAACAUCAUCCUGGGCAAGUCCGUCCUGAAGACCUGGGAGGCCCUGCAGCAGAACCAGACCAGCCAGAGCUCACAGCUGCUGCAUUCGGUGGAGCGGUUUUCCAAAGCCCUGCAGCCAGGAGACAGCACCUUUGCCUUCCUCCGCCACCCCAAUGUGCAGAUGGGGAGCAUGGCCGUCAGACCCGGAAAUGCCCACAUCUACCAGCAGAACUUCCACUUCCCAAAUGCCGACCUCUGGGGCAAUGUGACCAUCGGAAAGCAUCAGCUGGGAAACCUGAACCCAGAGGCAUUGGUUGUCACCAUGGCUUUCCCAACUCUGAAAGCUAUCCUUGCACUGGAUGCUCAGAAAAAGCCUUUUGCAAACAGUUUAGUGAUGACCACCACGGUCAGCCACGACAUCACCCCGCCCUUCGAUAUCUCCAUGACUUUCAAAAACAACCACGGGGCAGGAGGGCAGAUAAUGUGCGUCUUCUGGAACUUCAGCCUCUCCAACCACACCGGAGGCUGGGACAGCCGCGGGUGCCGUGUAAACAGCGUCGACAGGGACAGUGUCUCCUGCACCUGUGACCACCUGACAUCCUUCUCUAUCCUCAUGUCCCCGGAUUCCCCGGACCGGGGUUCCCUUCUGGAAAUCCUGCUGGAUAUCAUUUCCUAUAUCGGGCUAGGCUUCUCCAUCCUGAGUUUAGCGGCCUGCCUCGUUGUGGAAGCCCUGGUGUGGAAAUCAGUGACCAAGAACCGGACAUCCUACACGCGCCACGUCUGCAUCGUGAACAUCGCCGCCUCGCUGCUGUUUGCAGACGCCUGGUUCAUCGUGGCGGCCGCCAUCCAGGAGCACCACUACCUGCUCAACGACACAGCCUGCGUGUCUGCCACCUUCUUCAUCCACUUCUUCUACCUCAGCGUGUUCUUCUGGAUGCUGACGCUGGGUCUCAUGCUCUUCUAUCGUUUGGUUUUCAUCCUGCACGAUGCAAGCAAGUCCAUGCAAAAAGCCGUCGCCUUCUCUCUUGGGUACGGCUGCCCCUUGGUCAUCUCGGUCAUCACGGUGGCGGCCACCCAGCCACGGGAGGUCUACACGAGGAAGAACGCCUGCUGGCUCAACUGGGAUGACACCAAGGCCCUGCUGGCUUUUGUCAUCCCCGCGCUGAUUAUUGUCGUGGUGAACAUGACUAUCACCGUCGUGGUCAUCACCAAGAUCCUGAGACCGUCCAUCGGGGACAAGCCCAACAAGCAGGAGAAGAACAGCUUGUUUCAGAUCAGCAAGAGCAUCGGGGUCCUCACCCCACUCCUGGGGCUCACUUGGGGUUUCGGUCUAGCCACCGUGUUCCAGGGGAGCAGUGCGGUGUUCCAUAUCAUCUUUACCUUGCUCAAUGCCUUCCAGGGACUAUUCAUUCUACUUUUUGGCUGCCUCUGGGAUCAGAAGGUGCAGGAAGCCUUGCUGAACAAGUUCCUGCUGUCCAGACGAUCUUCCCAGCACUCCAAGUCUACGUCCUUGGGUUCCACCACUCCCGUGUUCUCCAUGAGCUCCCCGAUAUCGAGAAGAUUUAACAACCUUUUCGGUAAAACAGGAACAUACAAUGUGUCCACUCCAGAAACAACCAGCUCAUCAGUGGAAAACUCGUCCAGUGCUUAUUCACUGCUCCGCUAAGCACUGAGAACUGCAGCCACGUGGCCUCUUGGAGACAGGGGACACCUCUGAGAAGAGCCCCGGGCAGAGCCCCGGGAUGCUCUCUGCAGGUGCCUGGGGCAGACGCUGAAGAGACUUUUUCACCAAGACAAUUUCUUCUGUAAAGACAGAGGGAAAGGCAUUGUCAUGUCUGCUUCUGCUCCCUACCCACCCCUCCUGGGACGCACAGUGUGUAUAGUAUUUAAGGGAACCGUCAGGCCCAGCUUCUGUCUAUACUGUAAUAUAGAGUUCUAAAGAGACAUUUUCAGUACUUCCCAUUGGCAACAAAGAUAAGCUUUGAUUAAAAUAAUAAGUAAAAAUCUAGCGCCUAGGAAAUACUUCAGUGAAGGAGGGGAGGGAGGAAGGGUCGGGAGUAGAGAAGGAAGGGCAGAAAGAAGGAAAGGAAAGAAGGGAAAGAAAGAAGAAAAAGGGAGGAAGGACAAGAGGAAGGGGAGGAAGGAGGGAAGGAAGGAGAAGAAAGGAAAAAAUGGAAAGGAAAAAGAAUAAAGAAAAGCCACACUGAGGACUGUGUUUUAAGAUUUUCAUGCUAAUUAUCUAAUAUAAUUGCUCAGAAACUACAACACUGAGAGUAGAAAAAAUGCCUCCCAAAUGACUCUCACUGAAAGUAAGCCAUGAGGGAAUGAGUUCCUAAUAGUUCCUAACUAAGAAGAAGGAAGAGGAGGAGGAGGAUGAGGACCAGGAGGAGGAUGAGGAGAAAGAGGAAGACGAGGAGGAGGAGGAUGAGGAUGAGGAGGAAGAGGAGGAUGAGGAGGAGGAGGACAAGGAGGAGGAGGAGAAGAAGAAGAGGAAGAAGAAGAAGGAGAAGAAGGAAAAAAGACUGGAAAAAUAGAGGAAAGCACACCCUUGAAUGGAUAAUAUUUAACAGUGACACCCCAAGGACAUGUGAUUCCUUAGCACCAGUCAAACUUUGGGGCCCUGCUCACAGAGACCUGAUCCAGGGGACUGAGCAGAGAUGGUGCUUCUGUGCUGAGUCCCCAGUGACCCCGCCAUGAUUGACAUCUUUACAGUGCAUCCAAAUAAGCCUCAUGUUUUAUUCUGGUCUAUGUUUUGAAAACAAAAUGUUAUGUAUUUUUAUGCCCAGAAAUUGACAAAUUUGACACAGCAUCCUGAAGACAGUCUCCGCCUGGCUGGCACAGCACAGCUCUCGGAGAACCUCAUACCGUGUCCACUGCUGUGGCUGUUACGUCACUGUGCAUAUGAUGGUCCUGGGUGUGCUGUGUAGCCUGUUGUGAACAUUUCUCUCUGACUUCACGUCCCCAGGCCAUUACACUUUAAGAAUUCUA